ACAAAUGGCGUUUGUAUUUUGUUUGAAAAAGAAACGUCGUCUUGACAACGAAUUUGGUGAAUUUUGUAUGAAUUAUUUGAUUGAUUAAACUAUGUAUUUGUUAAAUUAUGGGUGAUCCUUACGAGCUGCCACCGCAAACUACUGAAAGCAAGAACAUUCUUCCGGAUGUCGUACAUUCUCAACAGAUACCCGCUGUGGGGACGGCUGUAGCGGACGAAACGGAAACGCUAGAAAUUGACACAGGUCGAAAUACAGAGGGAGAGAAUCCAGUUAGUCACGAUGUCGAAAACAUUAGUGAAACCGAGUCAAUAUCAGAGCACAUUCCGAAAAUGGAGUAUUCAGUCACAGAGUCGGAUAACGCGGCUAAAACUCAUGAAUCUCAAGGGAUACUUAAGGUUGAAGGAGAUCAGGAGAAGAUUUCUAAACACAGUUCUUUGAACAUUCCCUACUCACACUCCCCAUUCAGCGACAGAGCCAGCACACAUGAUCACAGCCUGCACAGCUCAUCCUGGCCUCUGGAUGCACAUGUAGCCUCAGACGUCCAUCCCCUCAGUGAAGAGAGCCCUGUCAUCUUAGCAUCAUCAGAUUUUUCUAAAGAAGGUGGUACAAAUGAGAACAAAUCACAAGAACCAACUUCCCAGCAAUCCAACAAACAUGAAUCUCCUAGAGAAGAUGAAGAUGUGUAUCUAGAUUCUUUAAAUGAAGAAGCCAGUCAACAAACAAAUAUUUCAAUUGGAGAAGAUAAUUCACUACAAUCAAGUCAGUCAGAAAAACAGGAAUCUGAUAAAUCAUCAGGCUCCGAGGAGAUUAUAAAGUUGGAUAUCCGAGGCAAGGGGGUGCCAAAGAUUCCAUUAACAGUAGCUAAACUUAUCUUUGGACCUCCCCCAGAGGGCAGUACAGUGAUUGGCCCUGAUGUUGAGCACAUACCAGUGUUUCCAAAUUUGUUGUCCCCUUUCCUUGUUGGAGCUGGUGACAGUAUGAAAGUAGAAGAAGUAUUUGAUGAUGUUGAUAUGCCAUUUAAAGACCCCUCACUUGUCAGGUCCCCUGAGCCUUCGAAUGAUGUUUCGCCUGAGAUCUCUAUGGAUGCUUCCCUUGAAAAAAGCUAUUCCAGUGACAAGGUAGAGCAGGAUGUUUUAGUUGAAGAAGUUACUGUUGACUAUGAUAGAAAAGAAAAAGAUCAGGAAAUACCUGAAAAAUUGGAUGAUACAUCUAUACCAACACAGCCUAAAUCUAUUCCUCUUGAUGAAACAAUGUCUUUCAGCACUUUGACAACAGACUAUAAAACUAUCUGCGAGGAGUAUCAUGUGAAGCUUGUUCAUUUGGAAGACGCUAUCACGCAGCGUGACGAACUAAUUGAGGAACUCACCGUCUCAUUGCAGCGAUCCGUCAGGGAACAAGAUGAUCUCAGAACUGAGAAUGCCCAUUUGACAAACGAGGUCCAGAACCUACAGCACAUAGUCGCCGAACAUUCCCAUUCAGACCAUGACACUAUCAAAGCACAAAUAUCGGACUUCAUUAAGUACGAAACACUGGUUAAAGACGACAGUACUAAGUUCUACUCUGCCUUAAUGAGUGGAGGCUCCUCUAUACAAAGCUCUAAUGGCGAGAAAGAUAACGACCGUGAAGAGAUCACAGUCAACUACUCCCGCUCCGAUCUAAAAUCUAGUUCUUCCGAUGACUUUCCGAGUGGUUUCGAGAAUAAAUUGGCGACUGUAUUGAAUACUUUUGAUGAGUAUAUUGAGGAGAACUUGAGAAAUAAACUCCGCGAGAGUGUUAUUCAGGUUUUGUGCAAUGAAAUAGGUAAGAUGCGGAUUGAGUCUGAUACGGAGUUGAGAGAGGUGGAGACUCAGAUGCAGCAGGACAAACAAACGUACACUGUGGAAACCAGACGCCUGAGGGAACUUCUAGCGUCUGUAAAGGCCGGUAAUGCGGACAUAGACGCUCUCAGGCAAGAGUUAAACAUCAAACAUGAAAAAGAAAUGGAAAACUUGAGGACCUACUUUGAGAAGAAAUGUUCUGAUAUGGAAAGGAGCUACUCGGAGGAGGUGUGGCGCGGGCGGACGUGCGCGUCUCCAGCAGGGUCUGCGUUGUCGGCCGCCGCGGGGGACGCGGGGGGCGCGGGCGGGGCCGAGCCCGACGCGGCCGGCGCGGCCGGGGACUGCGCACGGAGACGGACGCGGAGCGCUGAGUUUCCUUCACUUACAUUGGAGCCAGUUCAGUUGGAUCAGUCCCUGAAGCAAAUGUCGAGGAGGUAUGAACAGCAGAUUGAAGAACUGAAGACGGAACACACGACGUACACUAACGAGCUGCAAGCCCGCCACAGGGAAGCUAUUGCUGCUUUGGAAGAACAGGUUACUCAACUAAAAGCACACAUUCAAACAUCAGAAAAUACGGAAGCGAACGUCUCUCUGUACCAACAGGACAUAGACUUGGAACUUGAAAAGCGGGUGGACAAGGACUACGAGAAUCGUCUAGAAGAGGUCAGACAGCAAGUGGCCCAACAAUUACAAGAGCAGAUUCAGGUGCUGCUGUCGGACCCUGACGCGGAGGUGUCCAGCUGGCCAUUGGAGCUGGUGGCGCUACGAGAGAAGAUCCACGAGACCCGAGAGAAGGAGCUAUCAAAUGUAAGAGAGGAGGCGGCGGCUGGCGAGGCUGACAAGUGGAAGCAGCGCCGCAACCUCAGCUUCGACCAGAACAGACAACUCGACGAGGUCACUAAGGAGAGAGACGGGUUGCGCCGCGUGGCGGUGGCGCUGCAGCGCGCGGUGUCGCAGCUGCUGGCGUACUGCGCAUGCGCCGAGGACGAGAUCAACCGCACCGUGCUCGCGCAGCUGUUGACGCAGCUGCAGGUCAAGGAUGAAUCAUCGAUCCAAAUCGAGGAAGAUUCCCGACCGUCAACCCCAAACCUGGACUUGAGUACCAGCCUGGUCUCCAGGGGCAAACACGUGCACUUCGCUCCAGACCUGCCGUCUCUCCUCACAGAGCUGGAUGAAGCCGGGCUGGCGGGGUUCCUAGCGGAGCAGAGAGACCUGAGUGCGGAUAUUAAGAGGGAGCUGGAGCUCUCCCUCAAGAGGCUGCGGCAUGAAGCCCACGAGUUGCUGGACAUGUCUGCCAAGCUGGCCGCUAACCGGCCAUCGAACGUUAAGAUGCUCGAGAGCGGCGACCAGGUGCAGAUAACUGAACUGGUGCAAGAACUAGACGCCCAACAGAACAAGAACUGUGACAACUGCGAACUGCAUAGAAAGUCAAUGGAAGAAGCGAUGGCGGAAUGUCUCCAGCGCGAGAAUCUUCUCCGCUCGGACCUGGAAGCGGCCAUGAUGAAGAUCGCACAGCUAAUGACCAGCGCCGACAGGAUGCACUCCUCCGACCUCAUUGCUGAAGGGUACGGCACGGCCCCGCCGCUGCAGCCGCUGUCGCUGCCGGGGCGCGGCUCCCCGCGGCCGCGGCCCGCCUCCGACGGCACGCUGUCGCUCGACGGCAGCUCCUCGCCGCGCCUGCACCUCACGAGGAUGCAGCAUGAGCUGGACACGGUGCAGAGGGAGAGGGACGAUCUGCAUCAACAGGUUAAAAGGAUGACAGAUUCACCUGUACAUAAGAUAUGCUGCGAGAAGCUGGAAGCGGCCAACCGCCAGUUGCGCGCGACCCGACAGUUCGUGGAAGAACAGGCGAGCGAACGCGAGACCGAGCGAGAUGAGUUCGCCGCGCGGCUCGCCGAGCUGCGCGACGAGAACGCUCGCCUCGCCACGCGCCUGCAGAACAAUGCUCGGAUAUUGAAUGAGAUGCACUGCCUGCGCCUGUCGCACUGCAACUGUCGCGCGCACGACGCACAUGUGGAGCAACUAGAAGCCCAGACGCGCGAGAUGAACCAAAUAAUAGCCGAACUGGAAUCCCGAAAAGUCCAAACGGACGAAGAAAUAAAAUCCUACCAAGAAAAGAUCACCUUACUCCGCGAUAUCAUAGCCAAUUUGGAGAACCAACUGGAACAGAAAACCACCCACGAGUCCGAGGUUUUAGAGCAACUCGACCAAAUGAAGAAGACGAUAGAUGAAAGAGACAACAAGAUGCGGUCGCUUAUUGGGGAGUUGGAGUCUUUGAAGAGUGAGAAGGCAGAUCAGAGUGACUUGAUAUGCGUCAAAUGUGGCCAAGACGACGACAGAUAUGAAACGCUCAUGGAGAACUUAAAAGAACAGACCCGUUGGCUGGAAGAGAAGGUCCAUCGCAGCACUCAGCGGUUAGAGAGGAUCCACGAAGUGGCUUCUACUUCCUGCAGCGAACCCAGCGAGGACGUGUCGCUCAGAGACCAGAAGAACAGGAAUAUUGAGGUGUGCAGCCCUAUGCCGGCGUCCCCCCGCGUGGAGGUUGCGCCCCCGCUGGCGGGGCUGCUGGACUGCCUGCAGGCGCACGCGCGGGCCGAGGAUGCGGCGCUCAAGAGGAUAGCAGACCUCGAAAUGCAGCGGACGCAGCUUAAGGAUGUCGCGCAGGAGGUGCGUGCGGAGCGCGACGUGCUGCAGGCGCGCAUGUCGGAGCAGGCGCUGAAGAUCUCGUCGCUGUCGGCGCGCCUGCAGCAGCAGCGCAACGACGCCGACGCGCUCGCGCAGCAGGCCGCCAGCCAGCUCACCGUGCAGCUGCACGACACGCUCGCCGAGGUACAAAGGCUAAAGGAAGAGUUGGAGUCGAAAGACAAACAACUGAUCAGGAUGAGGCAGACAAUGGAUGAGAAGGAUAAACUUAAUGAGCAACACCAAACUCUGUACGGAAACACAUGUAAUCCCAAAGACAAAGUUAUAAUUCUGGAACGGGAGCUAUCAUCAGCUCAGACUCGUAUCGCUCAGUUGGAGUCACUCGCUCGAAGCUUGGAGACGGACAAAGAGGAACUUCAGACUGCGCUAAGAGACCACCAAAGGGCGCUAGCUGAGAAGGAGGAUCAGCUCCAGGAACUACUUGCGCUGAAUUUGGACGACAACCAGAAGGAAGAACGGAGCGAAGUUGUAGAAGGGAAAGCAUCGGCGAGAACUCUCAGCGAUAUUGUUUCUAUUUCAGAAUUCGACGAACAAGACUUACAAAUGCGUAGAGCUGAGCUGAAAGCACAAAACCUUAGCAUUUCAGGAGCUCCUUAUGAGACCAAUAAAACCCUAAACAGAACUUUACCUCCAGAAGUACAGAAGCCAAAUCUGAGUUCGCUAAACAUUGACUAUGGAGAUCAUUUUGACUUCACUACUUACUCCCCUCGCGCCGAUUCUUUACCUGCACAUUUGACAUCUACGCAGAACAAGGAAUUCCUCAAACAAUACAAACGAAACGUCAACGAAACAACUAUUUUCGGUGCUACGAAACAAUCUGAACAUAAUAUACCAGAUAACUGUUCAAUGUAUCCUAACCGAGAUGUCAAUGACAGCAAAGAAGUUACAGUCGAGCCUAAGAAGAUCAAUUUUUCUUUAGAAGUUACUAACGAUAACAAAACUCAGAACGACGAAGAAGAAUUUACUUCUCUCAGGGAGUUGGGUAUAACAUUAGACAUCAGACAGGAAAACUUCCCUGACAUAUUAACUCAGCUGAAACACGAAAUAAAGAAAUCCAGAACCGAACUAGAUAAGUGUAAAUCUGAAUUGAAAAACGCUGAAGAACAGCUAUGCGAGUUCCCAGCUUUGAAGGAAGAAGUAGAAGAACUAAAAGGACUCCUUGAAAAUACUAUGGCUACUAUGGACAAUGAUAAGAAAUUCUAUGAAAACCAAUUGGAGAAUUUCACGUCAAACAAGAAAUUGCUUGAACAGAGACUUUCGGAAUUGACUCAGGAAGUAAAUGAUAAAUCUAAAGACUUGCACCUCCUCAAAGAGGAUAUUUUAAGAAGAGAAAACAUGAUCUUGGAGCUCGCUAAAGAAAAACGUAACUUGACUAAUAAAAUGACUGAGCUGGAAGUGAAAAUUGACGAACUGCAAAGCAGGAAUGGGCUUUUAGAGAAGUAUGAAAACGAAAAUCAUCAGAUGAGAGAAAAGAUUACUGAACUACAAAAACUGGAACAACUGGUAUCUGAGAAGAACCAACAAAUCGACAGCUUGAACCAGCAUUUGGAUAGACUUGACGACUUACAGAGAUGCCUCAAUGACAAAACGGAAGAAUUUGAAAACUUAAAAGAAUUAUUUGAAGAAAAGUCGAAUGAAAUAGAACACAUGCAAGAUACAGUUGAAGCAUUGAACCGGGACGUAGCAAAACUUAACGAAGACAACAACGCUUUACUAACUACUAACAAAGAUUUGAAACUAAAACUGACGAAAAUAGAAAAGGAACAAGAAAAUGCGUCGAUAAAACUACAAAACAGUGAGACUGAACUUGAAAGAGUAAACUCAUUGAACAACGAACUGACAUCAAAAAUAGAGGAAUUAAAACUUUUGACGGAUAAGUUGAAAGAUAAGGAGACAGAGAUUGAGAUAUUACAUGAAGACAUAAACUCUUAUCAUGAAGAGAUAGCGUCUCUCAAGGAGCAGAUGAAGAUGGUCUCUCGGAGUCCGUCGCCGAGGAAUAAGAGUAGCGAGGAGAAGAAGACGCCAGACAGACACGCCAGCAACGACAAGAAACAACUCGUCAAGAUCAGGAAGCAGAUAUCUUUGCUACAACAUGAACUGGACUUUAAUAAGAAGGAACUUAAUGAUAAGGCCUUCGAACUAGCUAAAGCAAAGCUAGACGUAACAGAACUAAAAAACACCCUGAGCCAGACUCAGAAGCACGCAUCGGACCGGGAGACGACUAGCACACAGUUGAAGCAGAGGAAUGAAGAGUUGGAGCUGGAAGUACAGGCGAUGACGGCUGAUAGGGAACAGCUCAAGAAGCAAUUGGAGACCGUCGUCGCCAGAAUCCGUGAAGAGUCGAGCCUGACUGAGUUGAAAGCAAAACUUCAUGAGAAAACGGAGCGAUGUCAGGAGUUGGAAAACGAACUGCAAGACCUGAAGGAUCUUGUUGAUAGGCUGCGCGAGUCGUCACCCGUAGCCCUGGAAGACCAGAAGGCCUUAGUAGUGAGUGGUACACGCUCCCCAACAGCCGAGCUGGAGCGAGCCUUACGAGACCAGCUGAACUACUCGCACACGCUGGAUGAAGAUAUCAUGGAACAGAUUCUAUCAGCGAGCAGUGACGAACGCGAUGAUAUUCCACGUCUGGCCUUGAAUACUUCUAAGUCGUCAAGUUCCAUUCACUCGUCGUCAUCCGAGCGGCUGCAUCGCCUGCGCAGCGAAAACGAACGAUUACUGAUGCAAGUAAACAACCUCGAACUACGCCUCAAGGACAAAGAUGCGCUUAUCACUGAACUGAACAGAGUGCGCGACAAAUUGCUGCAAGACUGGCAGAGCAGCAAGCUGCGGCUGCAGGCGGAGCGCGACAACUCUGGCCGGCUGCAGCUGCUGCUGGACACCCAGAAGGAGACCUCUGAAAGUCUGCAGAACCAAGACUCGAACAUGAUCCAAAUCCUGAAGAAGCGUUUGGAGAGCUCGAUGAAAUCUGAGCUGGAGCUUCAACAGAGGGACCAACAACAACGAGCCAGGAUCGCGCAACUCGAGAGGCAAUUGUUGACUGACGCAGACGACGCCGGAAAUAAACAGCUGCAGCAUGAGUUGGAGAACAAUGAGCGCCUCAAAGGCGAGAUCUCCCUCCUGAAGUCCAAGUUGGAAGUGGAACACACUCGUUACGUCGACCUGCAGGCUCUACUCGACUACACCAAGCUACAGAUGCAGAGAGACCUCGAUGCCAAAAACGACACCUGUGCCGCUCUGAGAAGCGAGCUGGCUGACCUUAAACGAUUGAAACACGACGCCGGAGUAGAACUUCUCCGCGCUAAAGAGUUGCUCAAUAUACAGAGUAGUACCAUCUCAGAGUUGGAGAAAAAGCUGACGACGGCCACGCUCAAACAGCGGCCCGUCGCCGACGCAUUGACCGAAAUUGAGACCCACAAACUGGAGUUAGCCCGGGAGAUAUCCACGCUAAAGAAGUGCCUCGUGGAGACAUCAGCGCCGGAGCUGGCGGCGCUGCGGGCGGACCGCGCGGCGCUGCAGGCGCGCCUGUCCAGCCUGGAGGGGGCCCGCGCCCCGCCGGCGGCGCCCGACGAGCGAGACCACGCUAUACGCUACCUCCACGGGCGUUGCCUCCGCCUGGAGAGCUGUCGCAAGGCGCUGGUGUGGCAGAAGCGGUACCUACAGCGAGUACUGGCCGGGUACGCCGAGUUUGAGAAGAAUCUGCAUGUCGUGAAGACCGAGCAACCCACUAGUGGGCGACGGAGGUUCAGGUCUGCAGCGAAGGCGGUGGUGGCGGUGCUGCGCAUGGAGUUCCUGGUGCGGCGGCGGCACCACGUGCGUGCGCUGUCGGCCGCCUGCAUCCUGCGGCCACGGGGGGCGCCGCCCGGCGCCGCUACUCCGACUGCGUAUUCCCCUGCGUCCCCGCCGGGCCGCGAGCGGCCCGCAGCCCGCGACAGCCAGCCGCGCCGGCCGCCGCUCCACGACCUCAGGCUCCACCUGCCCUCCUCGCCUGCCGUGAACCCAUUUAUUACUCGAUCGCCGUACGCCACUAACUCACCGCGUGACGAACCCUUCAUAUUGAGCACACCCCGCGGGGAAGUGGCGUCUGCCUACCUCCAUAAGCUGGACGCCGUGAGCCGCUGCCUCAACCGCGCCAUGGACGCCGCGCGGGACACGCACUGACGCGGCCGGGGGGACUCAGGCCGCGGGCACCACGGCGGUGGGAACAAACACAUACAAAUGUAUGGAACCGUUCUCAACAUCAGCCGCCGCCGCCGCUUUUUUUUGGCGGCCUGUUUAGAAGAUGAUUCGUCGUGGUUCUAUGUAAAUGUAACGGCACAUUACAGAAUGAAUGAAACAUUCAAACGUGGGCUUUAAAUUGUGUGUUGUUAUUAUGUAUGUUAUGUUCAACUGUGUCGGUUUUAAGUUUGAAUUUAUGUGUGAUAUUGAAUUGAAUAGUCGACAACCACGACGAAAGUUUGCAUUUUAUAUAAUUAAACUCAUCCCACUGCAUUUCCCAAAAUUGGCCCGUAGUGCUAAUAAUAAUAAGUAUUAGAUUAGUGCCAAAUCGAAAUGUGUUAGUUAAUUGUUACUUAAUUUAUUUAUUUAGGUUAUCGCUAAGUAUUAAAACUACGGAAGACCUGUUUUGUUCUAUUGUUGUCUCCGCCUAUGUUUUGUGUCUGGUUUGUAAGUUUGUGCGGGUUAUACUUGAACUUAGAUGUAUAUCUUUGGCCUCGUGUAUGAAAACCGCGCGGUAAAUACAAACAUAUAACGAUGUAUAGGAACGUUCACCGUUCGACGCGUCGCCGUUCAUAACCAAGGUCUUAGAUUUUUUAGUGUUUCCAACGACAUGUCGUCCGAACUUGCCUUAAAUAAUUAAACUCCUAUACUAGAAUCUACAAUUUUAAAGAUAUUAUUAUAUUGUAGAGAGUAUUUUUGACAUAUAUUUUCUAGUAAGAAAGCACUAAGCAUGUUAAUAUACAUCUUCCAUUUGGCAUGCAAACGUGACAUGAAGUUGUUUAUGUUUUAUUUGCUCAUUGCCAGAGCAAAUGUUCUGUAAAAUAAAAUAUACAUUUAGUCUAAAAUAUUCAUAUCAUACGACUCCUUGCCAGCACAAACAAUGAUCACAAAAAGUUUUUGUUCAUAUGUUUAUCGUUGAUGACGAAUUUUAUUAGGUCCAAUGAGGUUAGGAACAUUUAUGUGGUUUUUAUAAUGCGCUCAAAGUAAAUAGUAUUUAUUUUUCAUAUAGUUUUAAACCACGGUAAAGUAUGCUCCAUACCCUCUGGUUGAUUGAGGGAAGGCAUGCGCCUAUCAGUAGGACGUAGAAAGGGUACUUAUGUUUAUGUUUAAAAUUCGUAUAGUUGAGUUUCGACUUGAAAUAAAUAUAAUCAAUGCAGGAACAUUCGACGGAACUAACAUCCAAUUUGUAGUAAAUAAAAUAGGUAUCAAAAAUUAAAUUAAUAUAUUGAAUUAUUAUAUAUUUAUCGCUCAUUUUGUCAUUUAGCGAUAAACGUAUGGAUUUUUCUAGCAUGAUAAUUAGUUUAGUAUAAGUUAGGUCGGACGCACGAAAGUACAAGUUAGUGUAAGUUAGUAUAAGUUCGACCACGACUGCUUGUCUCGACCGAUACGACCGCACUGCGCUCACGCACCUCACGGCUUUUCUGUACGGCGGCUUUAUACCCUAAUGCCAUAUUAUACAGAAAAAAUAUUUUUAUAAAAAUGUUAAAGAACUAAAUGAGAUAAAAAGAAAACAAUAUUAUGCCAUAAUUUUAUCUCAAAGUUUGAUUACAAAAAAUAUAAUGGAAUUAAUUACUUUUAUUUCUUAUACAAUGUAAUUUAUGUAAUGGAAUAUGGUGUAUUUAUUUAGUCUAAAGAGUUUAUUAUUUUUUUAUUUAUGCGAGUAAGUCGCUGUAAAGAAAAGCCGGAUAUUAUUUGAAUUUAUGUGAACAACUACUGUCACUGGCAAAUUCAAAUAGAGUUGAUAUUACCACCAUGAAAAAUGAAUUUUCAAUUUAUUUUAAUUUCAUAAAUGCAUGAAAGGCAUUAACGUUGAUUUUGUCAAUGUAGUAGUUGUAGCAACGAAGGACAAUAUAUAUGUAAGCCAAAGCAAACGAAAGUAUUACGAAAGCUGUGUUGCCAUACUAUUCCAUGUUUUUUGACGAUUCGACGACGCUGGAAAUAGAAGGAAGAGGGAACAAAAGCGAACAAGUAGUUCCUUUUUCCACUACAUUAAAAAGUAUAAUAAUUUGAGCAGUUUCGAUGGCAUUUUUAUAAUAAUAAUAAUAUAAGUACGGAAUUUGUUUCUGAAAGUUGACUAAUCUACACUCAAUGUGACCAAAGAUUUUAUUUAGUAAGUGCUAGAUUUACUUCUAAAUUAGUAUUCGUUGUAAGAAAACACCGAUUAGGACAUUUAGGACGUUGUUCUUUAUUGUAUUACUGUCUGUAUUCACGACAAAAUUUACGAAAUUCAACAUUCACAUGUUUCUAGUCACACUAAAAUAGUUUAAAAUCACACCGUGCCAUAAACGCUCUCUAUAAAUAGACAAACACGUUCUAAAGUUGAUAAAAGUAAAUAAAAGUUAAUAUUUUGUA